AGUCUUGGGGCAUAAUUAUUAUGCAUAGCUACGUAGAUAUGGGCCAGUAGACUAUUGCAAGUGUAAUUUUGAUAUUAGAACAUAACGAGUACAUUAAUUUUUCGCUGAUAAUUUUGCCAUAGAACUCAUCUUCACUCUUGCUCUGCAUUCAUCUUUGUUCCCUACCACAACUGCAGAUACGUAUAAUAGCAAUUGGAUAACAUCAGAAGUGCGUCAAUAAUUAUACCAUGUCUCUGCACAAAUUUUUGUAUUCCAUUGCCAUUGGAGUCGCUGUCAUUGUGGGCUACCUGUCUAUGGAGAUGUUGCCACAAAGGUUAUGGGAAGUGGGAAGAUCUCCUACUGUAGUAACUGAGUCUACAGAUACUCUAGCUCUUCCCACGACAGGAGUGAACAGCAACGAGAUUGCAGCUCUAACAUCACGAAACAAUAUACGACUGCCUCUGACCCAUCACAUAUCUGAUUCACAGAACACUUCAGUUGAUAGAGAAAGUGACCGUGCAGCUAAAGAAGCUCUUCGCAUCGCUACCAUUCCUCUUGGAAACAAUACAGAUGGUUUCAAUACUUCAGGAAAAGACGUUAGGUCAGAGGUGUCCGUGUCUGACAGAAGUUUUGUCUUGGUUCUUACACAGCAAGAACAGCUCAUGGCAUCAGCCUUCAACUAUUUGGUCCUGCAAUGCUGGGUCCGAAGCCUGCACACUGUCUCCCCCAUUAGUGCAGUAGAGCCUAUGGUGCUAAGAAAUGCCAGUAUUUUGGGAUUCUCUUUUGCCGAUGACCAUGCUCCAGUUUUGGCAUCAGAUGUGUUUGAUAUUGAGACAUGGGACUCUCAGUGGCCAAAAGACCGGCCACCUUUAGCACCACUUACCACUAGAAAACACUUCAUUGAUGAUAUUAGAAAGUUUAAGAAGAAAGUAAUAAUUGUCCAGGUGCGUUUCUCAUACAGCAUAAAUUGGCAGUGUCCAUUCACAUGGGACUUGAGUUCCCUUAUGAAAGAAUUUGAACAAUACCCUCUUCUCAACAUCGUCAGGAAAGUAUGCAUUAAUUGCAUUUCAAAAACCAUUCCAGCUGCUAAAUUUUACAAACUUGUUUUUAGUAACGUCGCAAUUGAAAAUACAGUACUUAUAUUUACGGAUUGGAAAGGAAUCGGUGGGUUAAGGGUUAAUAUAAUUUCCCCGUGUCGUUCUGCAAUGCCUCCAUACAGCAGUCUCAAGCCAAGCUCCAGUGUUCUCAGAGACGCUGAGACUUUUGCCAAAAAGCACCUGGGAGGAUUUGGGCAGUACUUGUCAGUGUCUGCCCGGUUUGAAAAGUUGGUUAAAGAUUAUGGGAAGCUUUCUAUCACAGAAAAGAGAGAAGUAGUAAUUGCGAGCAUUAACGAAUCAUUGGCGAAGGUAAAAAGUCUCAAACAAAGGACUGGAGUUGACAAUGUCUACCUAGCAUAUGACUACGGGCUCUUUGGAAGUGCGACAUUCAGGCAACGAAUGUUCUACAAUUCCAGUAACGAGUUGGUAAAGUUUCAGGAAGAUCUAUACGAUGGGAAAAUCUCUCAUAUUGAGUACAAAAAGUCGUUAUUUAACUUCAAAUUCCAGAACCCGGGUUAUGUUGCAAUGGUCCAGAUGACACUCUCUUCUAGAGGCAGGUGUUUGCUACUUGUGGGCUGGGGCCACUGCAUUGACUAUGUCAAAUCUCUCUUCACUGCAUCUCAUGAUGGUCCCCAUCUCUGUAUAGAAUGUGCUCCUCACAGUCUGUGUUCAGGGAAUUGGCAUUGGCAUUGGAAGUAGCUAAUUGGUUCCCUGCGUCUUUUUAUGAAUGUUUAAUAACUAUGAAUAAUAUUAUUAUUUCAUACCUACCAACAUGCAGAUGAACUUUUGCUUGAGAAAUGUGUAAAAUUUGCCGUUCAUAUG